CUUUCCCUUUGAGCCUCUAGUCGCACCGAUCUAUCGGAAGAACAGAAGCAAAAAUUGAAUACCCUGCGCAUACGGGAGCUGUACGGCGGGCCCGAUACUCAAGUCUCGAAUCCAGAGAAGCUCACGGUGCAUUUCCCCUCACAACGGGCUCUCUUCGUUCGGGAGCUCAGUUACAUGCUACGUGUUGUGCACGUUAUCGUAGCCUGAUGAAGCAGAUUCACCGCGUCUUCUAUUCAGACUUUGUUUCGGCUGUCCCGCUUACCCUUGCCCUGAGCUCUCCGCGUCUGGCAAUGAUUUACAUUGCCUGGAAGAUCCUGGCUUGCUCGACAUGCUUCGUUCAAGCGAAAAUCCUCGUGCGAUUUGUGAUAGUCUGCUCGUACAGUUGCCUGGACUGGUUGCUGUCCACUCUGUGGGACCAGGCUAACUCGCUUGGACGGUUUGCUCCACUUACCGGGCUCAUAAGCACAAUGUGACCUGCAACAUGGCGUAUCAGUGGCAUUGGCAUCCACAAUCCCACAUUCCUCUCGCCUUUUACUAGAGGAAUCCGUGUCGUGUGCUAAAUGAAGUCACCAUGCAAUUUUUCCGCUUCUUCGGCCAUGUGGCUAACCUACCUUUUUGCAUCUCUUGGCGUGCGGUUAUACAA